AUGAUGUGCACCGCUGUUUCCAUAAUUGCCAUCACUCUCACGACGGCGAUAUUCGCCAUCCCCAUCCUCGAGCUAGAGACCGGGGGCGAUGCCCCGCGCCGGGCCUGUGGGGCGGGCCGGGUGGGCACAGUCCUGGAGGCGUUGUUCCCGGUCCUCGCCGCGGUGGCACCCGCUGGGGUUGGCGGUAUCGGGCCCGGACCUGCUGGUCCUGCAGACCCUCUUUUCACUGGCUCAUUUCGGGAUGGUAGGUGCGAUGCGCGGGUGCUCGCUGGCACGUCCGUAUUUAGUGGCCUCGAGGUCCGGGCCGUACCUGGCACCCUCGCGAUUGGUGGUGGUGGAACCGGACCGUCUGAGCGCGCAGCCGCCCUCGUCCCUGGUGUAUAUGGGGGCGGUGGUUGCGGCUCGCGGAAGUCCGGUGGUACGGCGGGACGUGGCACCCUCCGGGCCGGGGGCGGCCUCGGCGGGUCCACAGGACUCGGGUUGCGAGGGUUUGGCCCUACCCUACUUCCCGCGCCUUGGAUAUUCGGCGCCGGGGGCCAUCGCCGCGGUACACCUUGGGGCUGCGGACGUGCUGGAGGCCGAUACGAGGGCACGGAACUCGGCCCCGGUGGAUAA